AUCACCCUGAUUUCAAUUUCCUUAGCUCUCAGUUGAUCAGCUGAUCAGUUGAUCUUGAUUCUGGGUAAUGUCCGUAUAUAAAUUAUGCGUGAUUUUGUUUUUCCUAAAUGGCAUUGCCACAAGAAGCAUUAAAGGGAAAAAAUAUAAAGUAAACUCUGUGAAUCCCGAGGAAAAUGGAAUUUAUUUUGAGGGUGACAUCGUAUUACCUGAGAAAUCACUGCGAAGUGGGAUAGUUGGAGAUUACUACAGAUGGCCUAAAGGAAUCAUUCCAUACGUAAUAACUGGAAAUUAUACUACAGAACAAAUAGAAAUUCUACAUCGAGCAUUUGCCACGUUUCAUAAAUAUACGUGUAUCAAGUUUAUUCCUCGAAGGUCUAAUGAUACAGAUUAUAUUAACAUUACUGAUGACGUGGCUAGGUACUGUUUUACUUCAACAGGAAGAAUUGGUGGCGAAGACAUUUUAAAUCUGGGUAAGCGAUGCUUUAAAAAAUUUGGAACCAGUAUACAUGAGUUAAUGCAUAAUAUUGGUUUUUGGCAUGAGCAAGCUAGAACUGACAGAGAUGACUACGUUGACAUUCAUGCAGAGAAUAUUAGAGAUGGGAUGGAAUCUAAUUUUGACAAAAAAAUUGAAGAUGUUAAUUUUAAUCAACCGUAUGAUUAUGCAUCUGUACUGCAUUAUUCUCCUAAAGCAUUUUCUAAAAAUGCUAACUUCACAAUAGCUCCAAAGGAUAUAUCAUUUAUAGAAUACAUGGGUCAACGAAAAGGAUUAUCGAAGAUAGAUAUAACUAAAGUAAAUCUUAUGUAUAAUUGUCCUGAAAAGACCGCCACCAUUCUUAAAAAUAAAAGAAAAUUUUACUUUGCUGGAAAAGAUGAAUAUAGAGAUUAUUUAUAUCCUAAUGAAUAUUAAAACUAGUUUAUUUUAUUAAUAUUACUAUUAAAGUUUAAUACAAA